AUGGAUUAUUCACAUCCAGAAGCCAGUGCUGAAACAAAGGAAACAUCGGGUAUUAAUCUUUCAACUAGUUCACUCAAUGAAAUGAGCUAUAGAGUGAUUUUAUCUCCUUCGCAAGUCCCAUUAUACGAAACCUGCACUCAGUGUGGCCACCCGAACACAACUAAGAGCAAUUGGUGUUCUAUCUGUCAUUUUUUUCUUGUCGGUUAUGAAUCUCCUAUUAAUACCCCUCGUGGAUUCACUGACCCUCUACCGGUUUCUAAGCACCUAGAACGGGUCCAAGCACCCGUCCUUAUUGAAGAAAAGAAAUCGACAUCAUUUGACACUGUUGGCAGCCUCUCUGGUGACGAUCCUGCAUAUAAUCGACAAAUUAGUGUAACAACUGACUCCAGAUUUUCGGAGUGCCCUUAUUUGUUUUCUCACUUCUAUGCCCAUACAACCCAUUCGGAUACCGACAUAAAACGCCCCGAACCCAGCUUUGAAAAGAGAACGCAAUUGGUUGCCGAUUCUAGCUCACAUACAAGUUAUGGAUGUUCUCCGAUUUUUCAAUUUGACGGAUUUUCGAAUUCUUUGCCUUCCACCUCUGACUCGCCACCAAACAUCAGAGAGCUCAUUGCUUCAGAUUCAUCAGCCCCCUUCCCUCCAAGAUCUAUUGAGCCAUUUAUUAGAGAUCAAGAUUUCCUUCCAAAUGAAUCCAUGACUGGGAUGGAUGCACUACUUAGCAUUCGCCAGAGAUGUAUUUCUGGUCCAAUUGGUGACGGGCUCUGUACAGAAUCUCCGUGUAUUGUCUCCCAGUCUUUCGCAAAUCUCUCCUUUUCUGCGCCUCAAUUCAUUGAAUCUGAUUAUCAAAACUCUAAAAAUAUGAUAUGUUUACUCCAAUUUGCAAAGCAACAAAAUUAUGCCAAUUGUGACACCUCUAAUUUUGUUUCUGACCAUACAUUUCCUCUGAAUUCUAGUCCUGGAGUUUUUAGUAAUCAAUGUUCGGUUCAACCAAAUUGCAAUACAUAUUUUGUUAGUGAGAGAAAUACUGUAGAAAAACCAAUAAAUAAAAUGCCUUCCAAAGAAAAUCUCCCGAAUCAUCGUGUUAUGCCUAGGCGCAAGUACCCAUCUGAGAAUCUAGCUGUUCCUGCUCUAGCCCGCAAGCCUGAGUGUGCAUUUUAUUCAAAGGAGCGGAGUUUUCAUAGGUCUGCCUCUGGAUUCAGAUCUGCUGGACUGCUACAACCAUCUUUCCAAAUGAUGCCUCGAGACAAUAUAAAUCAGCAGAAUUCCAAUAAAUACAGCCGUCACUGGAAUUCUGCGAGCACCGCAUGGUCAGCUCACGAUCCUGCUUCUUUGAACAAAAGGCCUGCGCCAUCUGUUAAGACUUUCCACUCCAAGACUAUUGUCCAUCGGCCCAUGGCAGCAUCCAAUUUUGAGGAACAAAAAAUGUCACAUGAAUUCAGCCAAAAUUUCAAAGCACUUCCAUCAGAAGCCUAUGUAUUUCAUCGAAAUUAUCAUCAUCAAAAACCCUACACAGACCUCUCUGGAUCAUUAUCCUCUGGGCGAGAUUUGGAUUUUAAGCGGAAAAACAAAGAUUUAGAGAAUUCUAAUUGUAUUUUAAGUAGUCAAUACUGCGCUUCAGGUCCUGUGGCAUACCCGAACAAUUUCUCUCCUGGUAUUGUGGUGCCGAGAACUCAGGACUCCCUUUCAGGACUCUUUGCGUCUGGCCAUUUUCUUUCUGUGUUUAAUCCUCGAGCGAAUGCAAAUGAUCGUCGGUGUAAUGUCAAGCGUAAACCUUCUCGUCGGCAGCUAAAUCAGAGUCAAAAUACAAAACCCCACAGCACAGACAAUUCUUUUUAUCGUUCGGGCUCAGAUAAUCAUAUUCAUGAUAAGGUAGCGUGA